CCUUUCAAGUAUACCUUCUCAAUCAUCAAAGAAAAGCAUUGCUUCUUCCACUCUAAAUCUCCUUCAAGCCUCUGGAUAAGCUCCCUGCAUCGUCUUUUCAUUUCCCUUUCCUCGCCGGCCGUUCCCGCAAUUCCUCGUCUUUCCGAAGAGUUCAGCGUCGUCGUUGCCAGAUGAGGAAAGAUAGAGGAGGAACGGUAAUGUCGGAAGAGCCGGCCAGCAACGCCAACCCCAGUCGCCGACCGACUUUCGGAGCGUUCUUGCGUUCCGAACCCACCCUCUUCCCUCAGGACCAAGAUAACGAGUACCACGCCGUGGCCGCCGCAGCCAACGGCAACCGCCGCUUCAGCAACGCCUCCGCCACGCCGAGCCCGGCUCGCUACUACUUCGCCUCGCCCUCCGCGGGCUACUCCACGUCCUCGCCGAGCCCUUACCUCAUGUCGCCGUUGAACCAGCUGUCUCCCUACGCCAAAUCCCCGUGGAUUAUGCCGUCGCCGCUCCUCGGGGGCUUCCCCGGGAACAACGGCCUCGUCGGGUCCCUCAUCCGCAAGGAGGGCCAUGUGUACUCCCUUGCGGCCACCGGCGACUUGCUGUACACGGGCUCCGACAGCAAGAACAUCCGGGUGUGGAAGAACUUCAGGGAAUUCUCGGGGUUCAAGUCCAACAGCGGAUUGGUCAAGGCCAUCGUCGUCGCCGGCGACAGAGUUUUCACCGGCCACCAAGAUGGCAAGAUCCGAGUUUGGAAAAAGCCCUCGAAAGAUAAUCGCCUUCUCGAUAAUUUGUCUGUGGCCCCGCACAAGCGCAUCGGCAGCUUGCCCACGUUGAAGGACUACAUCAAGAGCUCGGUAAACCCUAAGAACUACGUUCAGGUCCGCCGACACAGCAAGGUCUUGCGCAUCAAGCACUUCGACGCGGUGUCGUGCUUGAGCCUGAACCAGGAAGCGGGCAUCUUGUAUUCAGGCUCUUGGGACAAGACCAUGAAGGUGUGGAGGCUAUCCGAUUCCAAGUGCUUGGAAUCGGUCGAUGCUCAUGACGAUGCGAUAAACUCGAUCGCCUCGGGGUUUGACGGCUUGGUCUUCACCGGCUCGGCCGAUGGAACGGUGAAGGUGUGGAGGAUGGAGUUGCACGGGAAGGGGACGAGGCAUUUCUUGAUCCGGCUCCUGUUGGACCAGGAGAGCGCGGUGACGUCGCUGGCCGUGAGCGAGGCCUCCGGCGUGGUCUACUCCGGGUCCUCGGACGGCGUGGUCAACUUCUGGACGCGCCAGAAGCACCUGUCCCACGGCGGGGCGCUCCGGGGCCACAAGCUGGCGGUCCUGUGCAUGGCUGCGGCCGGGAACUUGGUGCUCAGCGGCUCCGCGGACAAGAGCAUCUCCGUGUGGCGGAGGGACCCCGUCACGGGGGCCCACUCGUGGCUGAGCGUCCUGACGGGCCACGGCGGGCCCAUCAAAUGCCUGGCCGUGGAGCAGGACCCGACGCCGCCCGGGUCCGACAACGACGACGAGGGCGACGAGAACGACGGGCGGUGGAUCGUGUACAGCGGGAGCCUGGACAAGUCGGUGAGGAUAUGGACCGUGUCGGAGCAGAUGCCGGAGAUGAGGCCGUACCCGAGUCCCCGGCGCUCGCCGGAGUGAUCGGAAAAGCAGUGACGGUCACUUCGGAUCCGGCGGAUUCGACGUUGUCUGCUCGAAUUGAUACUUGCAGAUUCUAGCGCCAUUAAAAUAAAAUAAAAAUUCGGGGAAGCUUCCCUGGGGUCAACACCAUACCGAAAGGGGAGAGGCCAAAAGAAUUCGUGUCCGAUUGCCGAUCCGGUGGUCCCCACAGCAGGGGGAGAGAGAAAGCGUGGAGGAUAGGAUAGGAUGGGGGGGGCAGCGGAGGACCGUUGAGGGGUCGGUCGGGUGGGGUCCACGUAGGUUUUGCUUCGUGAUGAAGUCAGUCCUUCCAUCAUACGGAGCGACGGACGAGAAAGCAGGCGAUCUCGCGACCACAUUCAACAACGUGACGAGACGAGACUUCUAGAAAUCCAGCUCAGAUGGGGACCGUGCCAUUCUUUUGGCGCGCUUUUGUUUUGUUUUGUUCUUUUCUUUUUUCUUUUCCCACUGUGGUUUGUUUUUAUUCGCUCCUUAAUCCGGACAAACGGAUGGAAAGGUUGCGGAAGAAGAAGACGACAGUAUAGAAAUGUACAUAUAUACUGAUACACAUUACCCUUUUCAAAAUGUGGUGUUUAAUUUA